AUGCAAUUUGCUAGUAGCAGGGUUCUGGAGAAGCACACAGGCCACCUGUAUCGCAUUACUCCGAAGACCAAUGAAGCUGUGAGGCAGUACCUGGACCGGUUCAACAAGGAGAUGAUCUCAGUCAAAAGCUUAGGUGUUCCUACUGCUAUCAAAGCGUUCAGGAGGGGCCUAACAUACAAAUCCAGAUUAUAUUAUGAAUUGACCAGGUACCCCUGUAGCACGUUGGAGGAAGUUAGAGCCAGAGCUAUGGCUGAAAUCCGCGUCGAAGAAGACGAGGUGUCCAGGUAUGGAAGUGAGCCCAGCUAUGAUCGAAAGGCCCUGAACCAGAAGAAAAGAAGCGUAGUAAACGCACUCGAAAAGCUGGGGACAAUAGCCAGGUGGCCACGCAAGAGCGACAGACCAGACAGCAAGAAAGACACCACCAAAUGGUGCAGCUACCAUGGUGACCAUGGCCAUCGGACAGAUGACUGCAACGCCCUCAAAAAAGAAUUAGCUUGGCUACUUAAGAAAGGUUAUCUAGAGCAUCUCUUGGGUAAGAAAGGUCAGCGAGAGGACAAAGCUGGUCCCAGCCAGCAGCAACCUCGUCCACCACCUGAACCUCUACACGAUAAGGUAAUUAAUUCUAUCUCUGGUGGAUCAGAAAUAUGUGGACUAACAUACUCUGCAGCUAAAAGAUUCGUCCGAGAAGGCUCCAAAGCUGCACCAAAGCAAUACAGAAGCGUAGAAGAGAAAAAGCUCAGAAGCAUGACCAUCAGUUUCGACGAGGAGGAUGGAGAUGAAGAAGCUGACAACCAUGAUGGCCUCGUCGUAUCGCUCACCGUCAGCAACUGCCUCAUGAAAAGAGUAUUAAUAGACAACGACAGCUCAGCUAAUAUAAUAUUCAAGAGUGCCCUCGAAAGCAUGGGGCUGCAGGAAGCUGACAUCCUCGGGAAAGCAAUUGUCUUGUUCGGAUUCAACGGCGAGCCAGCUACAACGCUCGGAGAAAUCGUGAUGCCUACCUAUGCAAAAAUAGUCAACUUGCAGACUAAAUUCAAUGUGGUAGAUUGUCCCUCAGCGUAUAAUAGCAUCAUGUGGACAUUAUGGAUUCAUAAAAUGCGAGCUGUACCAUCAACUUAUCAUCAAACUAUCAAGUUCCCUACCAAAUGA